CGCUAACCCUCGUCAAAGUUGACGUGGACCCACACACUCACGCACACAUGCAGAACACUACUUUCACAAAAUGACGGUCGAGAGGAUAUUUGACGAGCUCGGACAUUUUAAAAGAUUUCAAGCAUGCGUGUACUUCGCGGCAGCUUUCCAGGCAGUGGCCUGCGGGAUCCACUAUCUAGCUUCAGUCUUCUUGGUGGAGACGCCCAACUUUGUGUGCGGUGUCCCCACCAACGUGUCCGACAUCUUGUUGGGCAACCAGACCGGCUCGCUUCUGGAGGACUUCCUGCCUCAGUUCAGAGGUGACACAGGGCCCUUAGUGGUACGGACGGACAACGGGCAACAGUGGGAGCUCGGUCGGUGUCACCGGGCGCUCCGGAUCCGUCCCGAAAACUUUGUUUAUGAGUUCCAUGGGAAUAAAACAGCGGAAAAGUGCGACAGUGCGUUCGCUUACGAUCAAAGCGAAGUGCUUCAAAGCAUCGUGACCGAUUGGGAUUUGGUGUGCGACCGUGCUUGGUUGGCUAAACUGUGUCAGCCUAUCUUCAUGUUGGGGGUGCUGGUGGGCGCGCUCGUGUUUGGGGACAUCGCCGAUAGAGUCGGCAGAGUGAAAAUCCUCAUGUUCACCAGCGUCUGUCAAUUUGGACUCGGGGUGUCUGUGGCUUUCUCCCCCAACUACUACUACUUUAUGGUGUUCCGCUUCCUCCUGGCUAUGGCAUCCAGCGGCUACCUCGUAGUGGUCUUCGUGUACGUCACCGAGUUCACCGGCAUCAAAGUCCGAACGUGGACCUCCAUGCACGUCCACGCCGCCUUCGCCGUAGGCAUCAUGGUGGUAGCUCUAACUGGCUACCUAGUGCGAGUUUGGUGGAUCUACCAGAUCUUCCUGUCGCUCUGCACCUCACCUUUCCUGCUCUUCUGCUGGAAGCUGCCCGAGACGCCCUUCUACCUCAUCGCUAAGGGGAAGUACAAAGAGGCGCAGAUCCUACUGGACAACAUGGCCCGCGUCAACGGUUUGGAGAAUCGCCUAAGGGUGGAGGAUCUGCUAGAGUCGGAGGAGCGCAACGGCGAAACGCUGCUGGAGAAGCAGGAGGCGGUGGAGCGCUCUUCGGAGAAGAAACUGUCCAUUUUGGAUUUGUUCGGGAGUUGGAGGAUGGCGGGACGUACGUGCACGGUGUGGGCUAUCUGGUUCAUCGGCAGUUUGGGAUACUACGUUUUCUCGCUGGGGUCUGUCAACCUGGGGGGCAACCAGUACAUCAACCUCUUCCUGGUCGGUGCGGUGGAGCUUCCCUCGUAUCUGGUGGGCUGCUUUGGCAUGGACCGCAUCGGGCGUAAGAAGACGUGCGCCCCCGCCCUGCUGCUGGCGGGGGUCGCUUGCAUUCUCAUCAUCGUGGUCCCUUCGGAUAUCGAGGCACUAGCCAUCGCUCUCAGCAUGAUUGGAAAGUUUGCCAUCGCCAUCGCCUUUGGUCUCAUCUAUCUGUACACGUGUGAGCUUUACCCCACCAUCAUCAGGUCUCUGGCAGUGGGCAGCGGCAGCAUGAUGUGCCGCGUGGGCAGCGUAGUGGCGCCGUUCUGCGUCUACCUGGCCGACGUCUGGGUCUACCUGCCUCAGCUCAUCGUGGGCAUCCUGGCUUUCAUCAUCGGCGUCCUGACCUUAUUGCUUCCCGAGACGCUGGGCAGACCGCUGACGUCCACCCUGGAGGAGGCCGAGGCGCUGGGACGAAGCGACAAGAGGGAAAAACCGCAGCGUGGGAUGGAAAUGAAGGUCCACGGGUGAUGAGCAAAAGAGGGAAAAUUUGUGAAAACACACUUUUUUAUCUGCUUUUGUUGUUGACAUUGAUGACCAACACUGACUGGACAUGAAUCAUGUUUAAAGAUGAUAGCCACUAUUUUUUUAUUACAGUUGGGCUUGAAAUUAAAAAAAAAAAAAAAAAAAAAAAAAAAAAAAAAAAAAAAAAGGAAUAUUUCUUGGGUUUUUGGGUUGGGUGUAUUUUUCCCCCACUACAAUUUGGGUUAAUUGGUAAAAUUCAAACAAAUCUAAAUCAAUACAAAAAAAUACAAGACGUUUAAUAACUAAAAAUGUAAAAAACACUUUGUUUUCGUUAUUCUUACACAUUUGUUUUUUGGGAACAUGACCUCUUGUUAUUCAUGACUAAGGUCGCUGUGUUUGCGCUCAGUGUCAAAUUAGAAGUAGUGCUUUCACGCCAUCUUGUGGCAAGGUGCUGCCAAUGUCGAAGUGAAGAACUUCAAUUCCCACUGUUUUUCAACCGUUUUUGAAACAUGGUACUUUUUUCCCCUCCUGAUUUCGUCUCAUUGGUGAAACUGGUAGAGCUACUGUUGGCAUCGUUAGCAAAAAAAAAAAGUAAAAUCUAAUAUGUAGAAUAAAGAGGGAAAAUAUAACUACGAGUGUAGCCCAAAGUAGCGGAGUAAGAGUAGCGUUUCUUCUUUACAAAUCUACUCAAGUAAAAGUAAAAAGUAUGGCUGAGUAAAACUAUUCUUAGAAGUACAUUUUUCUCAAAAAGUUACUCAAUGUAAUGGAGUAAAUGUAACGUGUUACUACGCACCUUUGCUAAUAAGUACACCGUAGUUGACUUAUUAAAGGGUAUGACAACACCUGGGGAAAUGCUAAUAUUCCAUCAUUUAUCCAUAAACUAGGGCUGUCAAUAUUAUCGCAUUAACGGGCGGUAAUUAAUUUUAAAAAUUAAUCACGUUAAAAUAUUUGACGCAAUUAACGCACAUGCCCCGCUCAGACAGAUUUAAAUGACAGUAUAGUGAAAUGCCCACUUGUUAAUUGUGUUUUGUGGAGUUUUGCUGCCCUCUGCUGGCGCUUGGGUGCGACUGAUUUUAUAGGCUUCAGCACCCAUGAGCAAUGUGUAAGUAAUUAUUGACAUCAACAAUGGCGGGCUACUAGUUUAUUUUUUGAUUGAAAAACUUUACAAAUUUUAUUAAAACGAAAACAUUAAGAGGGGUUUUAAUAUAAAAUUUCUAUAACUCUAUAACAUUAUCUUUUAGGAACUACAAGUCUUUCUAUCCAUGGGUCGCUUUAACAGAAUGUUAAUAAUGUUAAUGCCAUCUUUUUGAUUUAUUGUUAUAUAUAUAUAAACAAAUACAGUCCUUAUGUACCGCAUGUUGAAUAUAUAUAUCCAUCUUGUGUGAUUAAUUUUUAAGCGGUAAUUAAUUCGAUUAAAAAUUUUAAUCGUUUGACAGCCCUACCAUAAACGCAUGCAUUUUGGAUUCAUAUCAUGCCACUUCGUGUAAUUACACACAUCGCAACACCAAGAAAAUGAUAGAAAUUUGGAUCGAUUGUCAAGCUAAAACGACCGGCACCCGAGAUCCCCGAAAUCUAGCAUAUUGUGUGCGUGACGACACAACAAGGAAACAACCGGCUCAGUGCUUAGUACUGAAUGAUGGCGUCACAAUUUUGUUUCUAGUUGCAGCGACGAAUCCGACGUAACGAACGUUCUUCUAAUGGUGACGAGGAGAGUUAUGAACCUUUCUUUGGUGUUUUGGGUUAUCAAUUUGAGCCCAAACGAAAGCCAAUGCAGCCUAAUGAAAGGAUUAUUGAGGGGAGCAAUCACACUGAUGAAACACUAGCAACAGAUCGUGUGGGAAACACCGAAUGGUUUGUUUUGCAUUUCUUUUUGUGAAGCUGAUAAACCGUGACCGCAAAAUAAUGUAUAGAAUAUUUAUCAUUUAUUGUGCUAUCAUAGGUUUUCGCUCUGCCAACAGACACAAAUAUGAAUGGGAAUAGAGGAUUUGUUCUAUAUAUUUUACGAGCGAUAAUUUAUACAUGUGUCCAGUCCUAUAUCCAAUGCUUGAUGUUUUUUAUUAUGAAUGAAUGAAUGAAAUUUUAUUGUCAUCAUCAUCAGUAUCAUUGACAAUCAUUGACAAUUACAAAAUGUGAUAUGAUAUACCCCGAACCGAAGAAGAAGACAAAGGCGGACGGGAUGAAGCAUAUGCUUAUCAGUUUCCCAUCCCCCAAGUUGUCAUUCAAAAAAAUCUUCGACCCUUUCAGGUGGUGGCGCUGGUUAAGCAGGGCAGUCUUGGACUUGUGGUCUGCCAGCUUCAUGAGCACCGUCGCCGGUCCUCUCCCCCCAGAUGGGAGCAGAAGGCAGCGACGGAUGUCCAGCGGUUCCAUGAUUAUUCCAUACUCUUUCAGCUUAGCAAUCGCCAGUUGCGCCACUGUGUCCCCUGGGCUAGGCGUCAGUUGUAAUCCAGAAAUGAUGAGCUCAUUUGCGCGUCGGCACUGGUCGAGAUCGUCAGCCAAAAUUUCCAGCCUGUUGAUGCGAACAUCUCUCUCAUCGACCGCCUGCUUGAGUUUCUCGUUUUCAGCGCGAAUUAACUGGAGCUCUCUGACGAUUUCUUGAUUCUGGUUUUGAAUCAAGCCAGUCAUUAUAAAAGAGUACUCACUCUGGCCAUUUCGAGCUUGGCUGCUCCGCUCCUUUGGUUAGCCUGGGGUGGUUUCAUCAGAGCCAGUCAUCGUCCUCUUUCUUGAUAUCUCGGGACAUUUAGGUGGCUGCGCGUGUAUGGUGGGCACCGCAUCUGCUUUCAGCAGCAAUUUCUUAGCAAAACCUGAUUUCAUUUGUCCAUAGUUCGAAUAGCUUUCAGGUGUAAACUGCGCACAACACAAAACCGUGCCGGAGGCUGGGUCUGCAAAAUUAGCCCUCUUAGCACGGAUGAACUUUACUCAUUGUCUGCGUAGUCCAGCUCUUUUUCUCACGUUCGGGAACUCAUGGGUACUACAUUGCGACAAAUGGCUAUUUGUACACCACAUAGCAUUACAGGUUUGAACCAUUUUAGCGAUUUUUUGAUAAAACACAAACGCAACUCUCUCGUCAAUAAACAACGAUGGCACCUGCCUCGACCUUUUGUUUCCUUGUUGUGACGUCUCCGCCCCAUUCGGCUGUUUCCGGAAUACUUUCGGAAAUGUUUUUCGAUCUAUUUUCGAUAAUUGCUCGUGAAUGUGAUUUAUUUUUUUGUUGACUUUACUAAUAUUUGUUAUCUUGCCACAUAACGGUUCUAUACAUAUCUCACAGCCCCUUAGUAUUAUAAUACCCUUUAAAAUAUAUCUUGAUUUUUAAACAGUAUGUUAUUGUUAUGAAUUAGUUGACAUACAAUGACAUGACCUAUACAAUGGUCGGAAUACUAAGAGUAUUUUACUCAAUAUGUGUCUUAUUUUUAUUAGCUUCUUUUUUUUUGGUUUUAAUUCAACUGUAUUUCUCAGGGUGAACAUUAAAAUACACCAUUUGUCACUGUGUAGCAUUGUACAGUAAUGUAGUUAUAUGUUGUAUGAUGGCAAAACGAGAAAAUUACUACUCCCCCAUAAUUGGGCGUGUAAAAUAUUUGGACCAAAACACACCAAUCAACCAAUUUCAACUACGAAUCAACGUACAUGAAUAUUUAAUUCGUUGGCUGGCAUUGACAGGAAUAGACGACCAAUCCAUUUGGGACAUCUAUCUCACUGAAUAUGCGCACAUUUUCUGAGGACAUGUUUUUUUGGUCUUUCAUCAUGCAAUGAUUACAUAGCGGAUUGUUUUUAAUCAGUGUUUUACUAGUGCAGUCACAGUCCAGCUGUUGGAUCCAAAUAUGUGAGAGGUGAAACGUGUGCCUUAUGUGACAUUUCAAAACAAAUGAAAAUAAUAAUAAAAAAGAAACUUGUAAUAUUCA